GCCCUUCCUUCGUUACAUCGGGAUCAACUCUCUAUAUUCCUUCAAAAGUCGUUGCUCGCAGGGCUGAGAUCAGAAUUUCGUUCUUUAGCCGCUCGCAUCAAACGCACCAAUCGUAGCCGCAAAUAGGCUGCAUUUGUUAAUGACCCGGGGGUUGGGGUUCCGGAUCAGCAAACCGGUGGUAAUUAGGGCGUCUCAAACAGAUCAGACCCAAACAGGCCAUACCAGCACGACUUUGUUCCUCUUGACCGCAUUUCACCACGUCGGGAUUCAUUGUACGGGAGCAAGGAGACCGACCCAAGGUCGUUGCAUUUGAUGGUUUUGAGAAACCGGUAGGGGGUCGCCUUGCCCGGUAGCUCUCUCCUUCCAUCUGAGGCACUUGCCUUCUCCACGAUCAACAACAAUGUUCAUUCACGCCGGGGCUGGCCUACAUGGCCACGAGUUCUCUCGCUCUCCCACAGAGUCAGACCAAGCUCCCAAGCGACCUAUACCACUACUUCGAUCUGCUCUUCGCCCACUUGCCGAAGCCAACACUCGCUAUCCUCUACCUUCAGCAUCUCCUGAUUUUAUUCCUGAGCGGCGCUCAUACACUGAUCCGGCACCACCACCUCAGCUUCCCCGUCGACCGGCGUCCGAAGCCGUCACGAGAAAGGAGCUCGCUGUCCGGUUUCAAGAGCCGACGAUGGCACCAGUUCCGUACCCAAGCCAAAUUGCGCCCAGUGAAGACGAGGAGUCAAUCGCCGAAUCAGAGCUCAGUGGUUAUAGCACCUUAUCAGGUCGCCGAAAGAGACAGAAGCGAACACCCCGUCCAGCCACCAAGUACUCAUUGGCACAUCCAGCUCCCCAACGCAAGACCAAGCAACGCGUCCUCAUCCAGUUCCGGCCCAAAAAUCUACUCCAGCUUCAGAAAAUCGAUGACCGUCGAGCAAUGCCAGCGUUUGAUGUUCUGCCCUCGAGCACCAUCUCUGGCCCCUUUGCCUUGCCCCGCUUGGCAAAGCGAUGCCCUCGCAUCUUCAAGACAAAGCCCGUCCUGGGGACAGAUGACGUAUUGAUUGCUCGAAGCGAGGACUAUAGCGCAACCAUGCCAUCGUCGACUUCGGCAGAUGGUCGCCUGGAAGACAGGGACCUGCUUGGUGUCGUGAGCCCAAUGUCAGCUCAGGGCGACGAUGCCGUCGAGAUUGUCAUGGCCGAUGGCACUGCCUGGGGCUGCAAGCCUUUGCAGAACGGGUCGUUUGAGUUCUCGCGCGUCGACGACUGCGGCCUCAAAACUGUGGCGAGAUGGGCGCGCAAGCCUACCCGAACCGCUGCGCUGUCCGUGGAUGGUUCAGUCUGUUCGUCAAGCACAAGCCCUGUGCCUCGGGAGGAAACCUGGACCUUUUCGGUCAUCGACCCCUCGACUCGGCGACACCCUAUCAUGGGCAUGCUUACACCGCGCGAACUUGCGAUAUAUGAUACGUACAGCACUCUUCAAAAUGCUGGUUCCAAAGGCCCCCCUACGAAGCCGUUCCCACCGAGUGCGACGGGCCUGGUGAAACAUUCUGUUGAUCAGAAGCAGACUGGAUCAGCCGAGCUUGUUCCCGAGGAGUUGAAGGAUUUGAUGGUUGUUACGGCUUGCUGGGUAGGCAUAAGGCUGGAAGGCUGGCCAGCUUCUCUGCAUCCCAAGGCGCUCAGGAGCACUGCAAGCCCCCAAGCAACCAGCUCUGACAGCAUUGCCCAGAAGCGCCGCACCUACCCAUUGGCAUCGCCACCUACUUCACCUGCAGAAAUACCGUCUAGAAUGUCGUCUCCAAACAGCUGCGACUAUGACAUUUCUUCUGGAGUCACAAGUCCUACGUCGCCGGUUGACGUCCCUAAGAGAGCAAUGUCGACUGGGGCGGCUUUCAUGCGGAGGCGUCAGUCGGAGCAGCAACAAUCGCACUACCAGCCGCGAACAGCGUCGCUGGCUGAACUCCCCAUGGGGGCCGUUGGUGCUCUCAAGGGAGUCCACCGCGUCAAUGAGGAAGUGGACGAUGGGAAGACGGCCAGCUGUCGGAUCAAGGUACGGCAACUGACAUGCAAACUUUUCAGGCGCAGGAGUUGUCGAGUCACGUAGCUACAACUACUGUUAGGCGAGAGGCUAGAGCUAAGCGUCCUAAGCGACAUGUUACAUAGAGGUUGUGUGUUUCUCCAAACAAAUUCAAUGAGCAAACACAUCUUGCAACCGGUAAUUAUACAUUCACUUGCUUCAACAGAGUGCGGGGUGAGGAGCACGCGGCUACU